AUGUUGUUAGAGUGGAGAAAGGACCUCAUCAAAGAAGCAGACCGGUCCACUGGAAGCACGCCUCUUCACUUGGCUGCGUCAUGGGGGAAUGAUAAGGUUAUUAGCUUGCUGCUGUCCGCCGACCCAUCAGCGGCGUAUCAGCCAGACAAGAACGGAUCAUUUCCCAUACAUGUGGCCGCAUUCACGAACCAAGUUAAGGCGUUCAGCGUCUUGCUAGACACCCGCCAUGACAGUGCCGAGCUGUGUGACGCCAUGGGCAGGACCUUCCUCCAUGUCGCCGUCCAAGAGGAGAGCCUUUCCGUGCUCACGUACGCUUGCAGGUUUCAGAGUCGGAAAUUUGCAUCAUCUGUCAUGAACAUGCAGGAUGAUGAUGGCAACACUGCUCUGCACAUUGCAGUUGAGGUAGGAAACAUAUGGAUCUUCAAUCCGCUGAUGGAGAACAGGUUUGUUACGCUGAACUUGACAAACAAUAAGGGGCAAACACCACUUGAUUUUUCAUGGAUGAGCAUGCCUGCAGGGGUUCAAUACGGACCUAACGUGAGAAUUAGAAUAAAUGAGUUGCUACAAGCUGCUGGCGCUCAGACUGGUACUUACAGGAGUGAUCUCUUCUACAACGAACGCAUUCCUAAGCUAGACGAAAAGGAAGAAGCGCAGAAGAUCACUACAUCCACCCAGAUCGUUGGCAUCGGCUCCGUUCUGAUAGCGACGGUUGCCUUCGCCGCAGCCUUCACCCUGCCAGGUGGCUACCGGGGCGAUGACCAUAAGAAUGGUGGCACGCCAACACUUGUUGGGCACUCAGCCUUCCAUGUGUUCAUCAUCGCCAACACGCUGGCGUUCAUCCUCUCAGCCCUAUCCAUCACUCUGCUGACAUACGCCGGGAUCGCCGACAUGGACAUACGCAGCCGCAUGAUCGGCCUUGUCUUUGCGGCCGGACUCAUGACCUCCUCAGCGAGGAGCCUCAGCGCCGCCUUUGUGUUCGGACUGUACUUGGUCCAGGCCCCGGUCGCGCGUAAAACGGCUGUGGCGUCUUUUGCGAUCGCGGCCCUUGCCUUUGCUGAUGUCGUUUGGAUGAUCUGGAUGGUUUUCGCUGCCGAGCUGAUGCUGUUGAAGAGGCUCGGACCACGGGCAUGGUGGAGGCUAGCACGGGCGAUCCUAGUGACGUUGCUGGGGCAGUUCUGGCCGUACAUUGUGAUCGCCGGCGUGCUCAAGUGUGUCAAGGUCAAUUAA